AUGGCCCGGAAAGAGGACAUGCUGCCCCCGGGCUGGGAAGAUCUAGACAGGCAGAUGGGUCAGCUCUUUAUGAUGGGGUUUGAUGGAACUUCGGUCAAUCCACAGAUUCGAUCUCUCAUUGAGGAUUAUCACUUGGGUGCUGUGCUACUAUCGGCGAAAAAUUUAAAAUCGGCCGAAGAGGCAACUGGACUGGUCCUGGAAUUACAGACCGUCGCCCGCGAUGCAGGCCAUUCGGUUCCUCUACUCAUUGCUCUAGAUCAGGAGAAUGGUGGUGUCAACAGCUUAUAUGAUGAAAUAUAUAUCCGACAAUUUCCUAGUGCUAUGGGGAUUGCAGCGACCGGGUCCAAAUCUUUGGCCCACGAGGUGGCUGUUGCGACAGCACAGGAGCUCAAGGCCGUCGGGGUCAAUUGGAUCUUAGGGCCCGUUUUGGAUGUUUUGACCAAUGUGCGAAAUCAACCAUUAGGUGUUCGCACCGCCGGAGAUGAUCCCCAGGAGGCGUCUCAAUUCGGCGUUCAAUUCAUGAAAGGGUACCAGGAAGCAGGUUUGGUGACCUGUGGAAAGCAUUUCCCAUCCUACGGUAAUCUAGAGUUCCUUGGCUCACAGACGGACGUCCCUAUCAUUACGGAAUCCCUGGAACAGCUCAGCCUCAGUGCUCUUGUGCCUUUCCGCAACGCUAUAACGCAGGGUCUGGAUGCCAUGAUGGUUGGAGGCGUCUCGCUAUCAUCUGCUGGAAUGAAUGUGAUGCACGCCUGUCUAAGUGACCAGGUGGUUGACGAGCUUCUGCGAAAAGAUCUUCAUUUUCAAGGGGUGGUCGUUUCAGAAUGCCUGGAAAUGGAGGCUCUCACACAUAACAUUGGAGUAGGGGGCGGCACCGUUAUGGCAAAGAAUGCUGGCUGCGAUAUCAUCCUUUUAUGUCGGUCAUUUCCGGUCCAGCAGGAAGCUAUCAAUGGGUUGAAACUGGGAGUGGAGAAUGGUAUCAUUGGCCGUCAAAGAAUUGAACAGUCAUUACGCCGCGUUUUGGAUUUGAAGGCGCGCUGUACUUCGUGGGAACAAGCACUGAACCCUCCGGGGCUCUCUUCCCUUACACAGAUGCAACCCUCGCAUACGAAUCUUUCAACCCGAGCCUAUAACUCGUCUAUCACAGUGAUGAGGGAUAAGAAUAAUUUACUUCCGUUGUCCAAUAUCAUCGAGGCAAACGAGGAGCUUUUGCUUCUGACUCCAUUGGUCAAGCCACUCCCGGCGUCAGCCUCUUUCUCUGAUCCGAAGUCAGAUCGCACCAUUCUAGGUGGAGAGGGCGUCUUCAAAGAACUUGGACGAUCACUCUCACGGCAGAGGAAUGGGCGCGUAUUGCACACCUCGUACACCUCUAACGGCGUGCGUCCUAUUCAUGAAGAUCUCAUCCAACGAGCCAGUGCUGUGAUCGUUGUCACCGCAGAUGCAAACCGCAAUUUGUAUCAGCAAGGGUUCUCAAAACAUGUCUCCAUGAUCUGCCAAUCGGUGUCUGGGGAGCGCCGCGAAAAACCAUUAAUUGUGGUGGCAGUCAGUUCCCCAUACGAUUUUGCCAUGGAUUCCUCGAUUGGUACUUAUAUAUGCACCUAUGACUUCACAGAAACUGCCCUUCAAGCAUUGGUCAAGGUCUUGUAUGGCGAUCUGACACCUUCAGCGGCCCUGCCGGGUUCGAUUGGUCGAACGCAAAAGAUCCAUCAGUCCCGACAGCACUGGCUCGUUGAAAAUUGGAACGAAGAUCGCGACUCUUUCGCAUUAGAUGCUUUGCUUGACACCAUCCGUACUGACUGUGCACCUGGCCAGCGGUCAGAACUUCUCGGAGCUACCGCCAAUAGCUUCUUGCUGCGAAACGAGGAUAUCGACGAGGCCCACUUCGUUGUCCGGAACAGUAGCACGCAGGCCCUAUAUGGAUUCUGUGCUACCUACUUCUUUCGGUCAACAGGCACCGGGGUCCUUGGAUGUUUGAUCGUGGAUCCCUCUCGAAGGAAAUUGUCAAUUGGCCAUUCUCUUCACAGUCGUGCCAUCCGGACUCUACUCCAACGAGAUGGGAUGAGGCGCUUCCAGCUGGGAUCCCGAUUACCGGGGAUCUACCUGGGGAUCCCGACCGUCAACCCUGUCGAGCGCAAGCGGCUACGGCAAUGGUUCGCGAAUCUGGGGUGGAACACCGCACUUUCGCGGCCGGUCUGUAGCGUAAUUUUACGCAACCUGUCAUCCUGGGUGCCGCCCGACGGACUCUCGGUCACUUUGCAGGGUGCCGAGGUCACCUACGAUCUCGUGUAUGGCUGGGACUUUGCGCGCGCGAUCCUCGACCACAUCAAAACGUAUGCGCGGCAGGGCGUGGCCGACAUCUACCGCAUGGCUCUAGGCGGUGCACCCAACUGCGGCAUUAUCCGGGCCAAGCGGCCCUCCGACGGGGUCAUACUCGGGAGCAUCGUGAUCUACAAUGAGCGAUCCGUCUUGGCGGAACAUAUGCCCGUGCUGCGAGCUAGCCAGGCUCCUGUCGGGGGCAUUUCUUCCCCGGUCAUUUCUCCCUGCGGGGAAGAUUACUCGACGGUUAUGCAGGGUUUGAUUCUGCUCGCUAUCAAGCAGAUCCGAAAGUUGAGUGCCAAUGCCGUGGUUAUGGACUGUGUCGAUGGCGACGGCAACUUUGACCAUCUCUCCACGAUGGGCUUCACGAUGCUACACAGCUUUGAGGAAGUAAACUGUGAUGCAGCUACGUGGACGAUGAUGCAUGCGUAG